GGCUAAACUGGCUGCCUCGUCGAGAUGUUGGACACCAAGUGGCCGCCGCUGUUGCUGCUGCUGAUGCUCCUGGGCCAGCAGCUCCAGGCCUUCGACUACUGCGAUCCCACCCUGUGUCCCGGACCCGAGAGGCAUAUAGCCUGCAACAAUUUCGGGGCGCUGGCCGACAUCUGCAGUCCGGAUGCCCACAUUGUGCGGAUCACGACGGCUCGUCGCACCAUGAUCCUCAAUGAGCUGAACGAGUACCGCGAUCGGAUAGCGAGGGGCGAUCUGAUGGGCUUCAGUCCGGCCACCCGGAUGGCCACGUUGCAGUGGGAUCAGGAGCUGGCCAGUUUUGCGGAGCUCAAUGUGAAACGAUGUGCCCUGGUCAACGAUCAUUGCCGCAAUAGCGAGCAGUUCCGCAACGUGGCCCAGGUGGUGGCCGAGGGCGGUUGGCAGGGGGAUCCCUUGCCGCCGAGCUCUCCCAGUGACCCUCCCAAUCCGGAAGCCCCAAUCCCGGUGGAGUACCACACUGAAGAUGAGGUGAUCAAGGCCACGCUGGAGCAAAUGUUCGCCGAGUACAAGGAAUGCAGCAUGCGGGAUAUUAUAGCAUUUAGUCCGCCCAACAACAGAAUCCUUCGCUUGCGCGUCAGCAAGUGCAUUGCCUACUUCACACAGCUCGUCCGGGAUAGCACCACCCACGUGGGCUGCGGCAUUCUGCGGCAGACCAAGAACACCACCAACGAGGCCGGUCAGUCGCUGUCCAGUGUCCACCAGUACAUGACCUGCAACUUUGUCCGGACAAACGAUGUCAAUGCCCCGGUCUACCAGAGUGGCGAUCGUCCGGCCAUCGAGUGCCGCAGCGGACGCAAUCCGGUCUUCAUUAACCUGUGCUCCGUCAACGAGAUCUACGACUCCUCCAACCUGGCUGGCCUCUUCUGAACUGGCGGGCUCUGCAAUUCCAAAGCCAAUCACUAACUUUAAUAAAAAUGAAAGGACUUUAA